GGAGGCUUCUGGGCGGUGCAGUAGCUGCGGCCGAUUGGAGCAAACAAGGCUCGGAAUCCGUGAACUGCCCGCGGCCCCGAGGGCGCAGCUCCUGGACUGACCGGCGCUGUCCUGCCCAAUGGACGCCUCCUCUAGCCCGUGGAAUCCACCCCCGGCUCCCGUCAGCAGCCCCUCCCUGCUGCUCCCCAUCCCUGCCAUUGUCGUCCUCGCUGUGGGCAUCUAUUUGUUGCUGCUGGGCCUAGUGCUGCUGAGUAGGCACUGCCUGCUGGCCCAGGGCUGCUGCACAGACUGCAGCUCCCCCUGCAGGAAGCAAGGCGCCUCCAGGCCCCAAGACUGUUGCUGGACCUGCGCAGAAGCCUGUGACUGCCCUCUGCCCAGCCCAGCCCACUGCCUGGAUGCCUGCUGCCCCCAGCCCGCCGGAUCUGAUUGGGCCCCUCACUGCCCUCGCUGCUGCCCGCUCUGUGACUGUGCCUGUGCGUGCCAGCUUCCUGACUGCCAGAGCCUCAACUGUCUCUGCUUUGAGAUCAAGCUCCGAUGACAAGACCCAGGGUCCCUGCCCUUUGGGGAGUGGCCAUCUCCCAGGGCCCACAUGCCCUGUUCCCUGAGGGGCCUCAGGACACCUUUCUCCAGGCUAUUGGAACCACAAAUGGCCUACCCAGCUCACCAGCCUGGGAACCAGCAGUGGAGAGCCUGGCUCCCUGCAGAGUGGGACUCAAGGAGCCCUCCGCCAGCUGGAUGGCAGCCCCUUUGGAGGGCCAGAAGAGAGAGUGGCUGGUGCUCUGGCAGGUGCCCCUGCCCUCCUGUCCCCCUCCCCAAGUAAAUGAUCAUAUUUGAAGAUCCCUGUCCAAAGAUUACUCCUGACAACCUUUUGAGGGCCUCAGUCUGGAUUUCCAAGGAAGAAAUCUCCUCUGAAGUACCGGUGAGUGGGCAGGGGACCCUCCCUCCACCCUCAAAGAGGCAGGCCCACAGCUUCCUCCCCAUCCUUCAGUUUAGGCCCCCAGCUGGCAUGAAUGUCAGGAGCUUCAGGUUUCCCUAAAUAUAGAUCCCCUGCCAGGGGAUCU